AUGAAGAUUCUGGUGGUAUUGGCUUGCGUGGCCAUGGUGACGGCUCGGCCGGAAGCUCCACUACAAGGAUACAACUAUGCCGCACCGCGGCCAGCUGCAUUCCCCGUCAGUUCACAGGCUCACUCGCAGAGCUUCGCGGUGUCCGGUGGCUUCCAGGCUGCUGCAGCUCCAGCCUACCAGCCCGCACCUGCUCCAGCUUUCCAACCCGCUCCCGCUUACCACGCACCUCCGGCGCAAGCCUAUCAACCAGGACCAUCCUUCGGAUCGUCCGGUUUCGGAUCGGCCAUCUCGUCGUCCGGUGCUCAUGCUCAGUCAUUUGGUUUCGGAUCAUCCGGUCCAUCGACCGGUUUCGGAUCGGCUGUCUCUUCAGGCGGUGCUCAUGCUCAAUCAUUUGCUCCCCAGCAGACCGUAGUUCAGAAGCACAUCUACGUCCAUGUGCCACCACAAGAACCGGAAGAAGUCCGUGGACCGCAAUUCAUCCCGCAAAGUGCACCCCGUAAGCACUACAAGAUCAUCUUCAUCAAGACACCGAACGUGCAACCGUCGGCCGCCCAGAUCGCUCUGCAGCAAGCCCAACAGGAGGAGAAGACCAUCGUCUACGUGCUGGUGAAGAAACCCGAGGAUCAGCAGGAGCUGAGCAUUCCACAGUUGGCUCCACUUCCGCCCAGCAAACCGGAGGUCUACUUCAUCAAAUAUAAGGCCAACCGCGGUGCCCAGCAGGGACACGGUGCCAUUGGGGUGUCCUCGGGUGGAUCCGGAUUCGCUUCCCAGCUGGGCUCGGCAGCAGUGUCCUCCGGUGCUGCAUCCUCCGUCAGCAGCAGUGGCAGUAAGUAG